CUGCGUAUAAACCGUGUCUAAAGUAUGAACGUGUGUGUUCAGGCUCUGGACUACUGUCACAGUAUGGGGAUCAUGCACCGGGACGUGAAGCCCCACAACGUGAUGAUCGACCACCAGAUGAGGAAGCUGCGUCUCAUAGAUUGGGGUUUGGCCGAAUUUUACCAUCCCGCUCAGGAAUACAACGUCAGGGUCGCCUCGCGCUACUUCAAAGGCCCCGAGCUGCUCGUCGACUAUCAGAUGUAUGACUACAGUUUGGACAUGUGGAGUCUCGGCUGCAUGUUGGCCAGCAUGAUCUUUCUGAAGGAGCCGUUUUUUCACGGCCAGGACAACUACGACCAGCUGGUCCGCAUCGCCAAGGUUCUCGGCACCGAUGAGCUCUUCGGUUAUCUGCACAAAUAUCACAUAGAACUGGACACGCGCUUCAAAGACCUGCUGGGACAGCAGACGAGGAAACGCUGGGAGCAGUUCAUCCAGUCCGAGAACCAGCACCUGGUGAGUCCGGAGGCUCUGGACCUGCUGGACAAACUGCUGCGCUACGACCACCAGCAGAGGCUGACCGCCGCCGAGGCCAUGCAGCACCCGUACUUCUGUCAGUACACACACACACAC